CAGACCCCCUGAUUGUGAAUUGGUUGUCAGUUACUUCAUCUGCAGUGCAAGUUAGAAAUCUGUCCCACAAUUUUUGAGGCGCCUGGUUGGUGAUCAAAUCGCUGGCCUGAGUGGGGAAGCCUGGGCAGUGUAACUUACAAUGAGGCCUCAGAUCGUGUUGUUUGGAGAUUCGCUGACGGAGCAAUCCUUCCGACCUGGCGGAUGGGGUGCUGCUCUUGCCAACUCAUAUUCUCGCAAGGCUGAUGUUCUCAUUCGUGGAUAUGGUGGAUACAACACCAGGUGGGCUUUGUUCUUGUUGCAUCACAUAUUCCCUCUGGACUCAACCAAACCUCCUGUUGCUACCACAAUUUUCUUUGGUGCUAAUGAUGCUGCUUUGUUGGGAAGAAAUAGUGAAAGGCAACAUGUACCUAUUGAAGAGUACAAGGAGAAUCUUAGAAAGAUUGUUCGACAUUUGAAGUUGCAGGAACGGUCGCCAGCUAUGCUAAUUGUGCUUAUUACUCCACCGCCAGUUUGUGAGGAAGGGCGUGAUGCUUAUGCAAGAUCUUUAUAUGGCGAGAAUGCCAGAAAACUGUCAGAAAGAACAAAUGAAGUAACAGGUGAAUAUGCAAAAGCUUGUAUUGAAACAGCUGAGGAAUUAGGUGUUCGCUUUAUCAAUCUUUGGUCCAAGAUGCAAGAGUCAGAUGGUUGGCAAAAGAAAUUUUUAAGUGAUGGCUUGCACCUUACGCCAGAAGGAAACGAAGUAGUGUACCAAGAAGUCACAAGGGUGUUCAAUGAGGCGUGGCUUUCUGCUGAAGAAAUGCCAUAUGAUUUUCCUCACCACUCACUAAUUGAUGGAAAAAGUCCUGAGAUUGCUUUCCAGCAAAAAUGUUUGUGAAUUUUGAUAUCCACGGACUCUUUGGGGGUUGAACUUUCGCUAUGUUGUACUCCUACUGUGCUGAGUUUGGUGAGGAGUUCAUGGAAUUUUCUUCCUGAACUAGAUAGGUUUUUCUAACAGAACAAGAUUGAAGUUUAUUCCUGACCGAAGUUGCCCCAUUGAGAAACAUUUAUGAAAUGGACAUGGGCUGUUCGGCUGGUCUUUCACAUUCAGAGCCACUCGUUCCGUAAGCUGUGAAAAUGGGCCCAGUGGUUGGGUUAGGCAAGGCUGGGGUGAAGUUUCAUCUGUUCAUUUUAUACAUGGCUUAUGGCCCAUUCCAUCAUCGCCCUAGGGGUGGGUCGGCUCAUGUGUGAGUUUAUGUAUUUUUAUUUUUUGUUCAGUUCAAUCCUCAAUGCUUUAAAGAAGGUCAA